UAGAAUGAAAUGCGAUCGAACGGGUUGUGAAGUUGAGAACUUUCCAUCUUCAUUCAUUUUCGUUCUCUUUCUCGGGAAAAAUCCCCAGUCGAGGGGUGGCCGUUUUUCGAUACCAUCGAUCGACGAUCUUUCUGUUCGCUUCACCGAUUCACACCAUGAAACUGAGACUCAGACCUCUGGAAACCAAAGAAACCCUAAAAUUUGACGUGCCCCCAACGUGCUCGAUUCAAGAACUCAAGGAUUUGAUUUCUCAGGCAGUCUCUUCUUCGCCCGCUUCUGUGCAUCUUUCUCUCAAUCGCAAGCACGAGCUUUCGGCUUCAUCGUCGCACGACGCUCUCGAGUCCCUCGGUAUUUGUUCAGGUGAUCUAAUCUACUUCACUCUCAACCCUAAUGCCUUUGCCCUCGUAAUGCAAAAUGUCCAAUCCAAUAGCAAUCAUCAAGCAUCAGUAUCGCAAGAAAUCGUAACCUUAGAACCCAAUUCGCAGAAAGAGCAGGCCCUAGUUUCAAAUACCCAAAAGGAAGAAACCCUAGAUUUUGAUUCUGGGAUGAGCGGGACUAUACCCGACGAAGAUCGAACCCAAGAUUUGAAUUCCCAGAUAGAGGAAAAUUUAGACAUGGAUGGAACGGAGAGUAUGGAUGUUGAUGAUGAUGCGUCGAUGAGAGAUUCCGGGAAGUCGUUUUCCGUGCCUUGUUUCUUGAGGAAGGUGUUUAGCAAGGAGGUUGGUGAAGGCGGUGGCGGCGAUCACAAGCUUUUGGCGAUUGCUGUUCAUGCUGUUCUGUUAGAGUCUGGAUUUGUAGGGUUCAAUUCCAUCACGAGGACGAAGGUAGAGGGGUUUCAUCUUCCAGAUGAAUGGCCUUCUUCUGCUUUCACUAUUUCCCUGUGGUACACACUUCCGGAGAUUGCUGAUGGGGCAGUUGAUGGCGUUGAAACAGUUGUGUUGAAGUUCCAGAGUUUGGGUAAGUUCCUUAAUAUCUAUGGAUCUUUAGCCAAGACUGGUUGUCGGGUUUACCGGGUUUGCUUGGACGAGGAGCGAUUGAGUCUCUGCCUGAACCUUAUGUGGGCAAGAAUUGACGAGGGGGAUGGGAAAAACAGAGUCUCGGGCUUACAUCCCAAGAAUGAAGUUUUUGAAUUUUGGAAGAUUGUAAAGGAUAGGCUUGCCCUGCCCCUCUUGAUCGAUUUGUGUGACAAGGCUGGUUUGGAUCCUCCACCGUGCUUUAUGCGCCUGCCAACAGACCUUAAACUCAAGAUUUUGGAGUCUCUACCUGGCGCUGAUGUUGCUAAAUUGGAAUGCGUUUGUUCAGAGUUGUGCAAUUUAUCUUCGAACGAUGAUCUAUGGAAGCAAAAGUUCAUCGAGCGGUUUGGUGAUGCCGAAGGCUCGCAGGGAGGGAGCAACUGGAAAGAGAAGUUUGAAAAGUCGACUAGAAAGAGGAGGAGGACUGAAGUGUCAACUGGGUGGAGGUUCAUGAGAAGAGAGCCUUUUCCACGUAUGGUGCCACCAAGAAUCAUCAGAGACCCUUAUCCCUUUCUGGGUCCUAGAGUUAUCGGUGGAGAAUACGACAUCGUGCCGUUUCCGCUUGGGCGGAACGUCCGGACAGGUCCUCGGCGGAAUGUUAUUCCUCAUGGUAAUAUUGGAGCACGGCGUGCUUAGUCUUAACAGUAUUAGGUUACCGUUUUAUCUUCUUUACAUAGUUAAUAAGUUUCUGUACAUAUCAAGUGCGUGUUUUGCUAGAUCUCCCGGCCGAGAAUAGCAUUCAGACCAGAUUGUACUGGAGAACUUUUUACUUGUUUUUUUUGGUUAGUUAUUUACUUGGUUUUUGAUGUUUACAUGAAAUGAAUCUUGGGCAGCUUCAUUUUCUCUU